UCUGACACAUUGACAGUUUGUGUUCUUUUCAUUGAAGUCAGGUAAACAAAAACGCAAAACAUUCUUUCUUCGCAAUAUAAAGCCUGCCACCAGAAUGGAUAUAAUUGCUCCUCAAUUGUUGUGGAUUCAUGGUCGUUGUUAUCGGGUAAAUCCCACGGUUGAAAUAGCAGAUAUCAAUGAAGGAAAAAGGAAUGUCGAUGAGAUCGUCCGAGCAGGUUUCGAAUCUUUUCAGACUGAAGACGACGACUUUGACAAUGAAGAAUGUUAUGAUAUCGACCAAGCGCCCAACAACCAAUUUCGGACUGCAUUUGAUGUGCCAAGCAUACUGUAUGGUGUUCUAGUGGGAGCCAAAGGAUCAACCAAAAAGCGCAUACAAUUUGAAACGAAAACCACUAUCAAAAUACCAAAACAAGGGGUUGAUGGUCCCGUUGAAAUCGUUGGUUCCACCAAAAGUUCAGUAAUUUCGGCAAGACGUCGAUUGGAAUUGAUUAUUUUGGCUGCAAGGACCAAACAGGAAAAAACUCAUUUUCUCUGUGUACCGGUUAAACAUCAGACUGUUCGCGAAAAGUUUGUACAAUUUAAGAAUCAAAUCUUACUGAACCGAUCAAUUACCGGUAUCGACGAGUCAAUGUUCCAAAACAUCAACAAGCUGCACAUAACAUUUGGCACUCUAUCGCUAUUGAACAGUGCAGAUCGUAUCCUGGCAACGGAAUUGUUUCAAGAAAGUCGGGCAAUUGUCGACAAAAUUCGAUCAACCUCGAGCAAUUUGGCUAUAAACAUUAGAGGAGUCGAGAUAAUGAACGAUGAUGCCAGUAGUUGUAACGUUCUGUAUGGCAAGGUCGACAGUCCACAGCUACAGAUAAUCGCUGAUGAAACGGUCAAUCGAUUUAUUGCUAAAGGUCUGAUGCAACGCCAAUACGACAGAGUGAAACUACACGUUACCCUAAUCAAUACGCGAUUCGUCAACGGCGGCGAAGCAGAUAAUGCUAGAACGUUUGAUUGUCGAUCGAUUUUAGAUACUUAUGCGGACUAUGAAUUCGGCACACAGAAUAUUACCGAAAUUCACUUGUCCACGAGAUACACAACGGCGACUGAUGGGUUUUAUGAAGCUACGUACAGAUUAAAAUUGUGAUUCGACUUUUUCGUAUCAUUUUUUCGUUAAAUACAGGCAGUUUGCACUAAAAUUGG